GAGCAGCUUGCCCUGCCCGCGCAGCGAUGGAGGAGGAGCUGAAGUGCCCUGUGUGCGGCUCCCUGUUUCGGGAGCCCAUCAUCUUGCCCUGUUCCCACAACGUUUGCCUGCCUUGCGCUCGUACGAUCGCAGUGCAGACCCCGGACGGUGAGCAGCACCUGCCCCAGCCUCUCCUGCACCCCCGGGGCUCCGGGCUGCCCGCCGGCGCCGCCGCCGCGCCCCCUCCGGACCACGAUGCAGCAGCUGGCCCGGCCUGCAGCGGCGGGAGCGCAGCUGGCGGCCUGGGCGGCGGUGCGGGAGGUGGCGGGGACCACGCGGACAAGCUGAGCUUGUACAGUGAGACAGACAGCGGUUAUGGCUCCUACACCCCGAGCCUCAAGUCCCCCAACGGGGUUCGCGUGCUGCCCAUGGUGCCCGCGCCGCCCGGCUCCUCGGCCGCCGCCGCCCGGGGUGCCGCCUGCUCUUCUCUGUCCUCUUCUUCCAGCUCCAUCACGUGCCCGCAGUGCCACCGCAGCGCCUCCCUUGACCACCGCGGCUUGCGCGGCUUCCAGCGCAACCGGCUGCUGGAGGCCAUCGUGCAGCGGUACCAGCUUGGCCGCGGAGCGGUGCAGGGGGCGUCCGCAGCCCCUGCCGUGGCCAUCUGCCAGUUGUGCGACCGCACCCCGCCGGAGCCGGCUGCCACGCUUUGUGAGCAGUGCGAUGUGCUCUACUGCACUGCCUGCCAGCUCAAGUGCCAUCCAUCCCGGGGACCCUUCGCUAAGCAUCGCCUGGUGCAACCGCCACCGCCGCCGGCUCCCGCCGAGGCCACCUCUGCGUCCCCAGGUGCGGCCCAGGGCGCCCCCAGUGGAGCAGGCGGCUGCAAGAGUCCUGGGGGCGCCGCAGCCGGAGCGGCAGGGGGCGGCGCAGCCCGCAAGUUCCCUACGUGCCCGGAGCACGAAAUGGAGAACUACAGUAUGUACUGCGUGAGCUGCCGAACCCCGGUGUGCUACCUGUGCCUGGAGGAGGGCCGGCACGGCAAGCACGAGGUGAAGCCGCUGGGAGCCAUGUGGAAACAGCACAAGGCCCAACUGUCUCAGGCCUUAAAUGGAGUUUCCGAUAAGGCAAAAGAAGCAAAAGAGUUCCUGGUUCAGCUGAAGAACAUUCUGCAGCAGAUCCAGGAAAACGGACUGGACUAUGAAGCCUGCCUAGUCGCUCAGUGUGACGCACUGGUCGAUGCUUUAACUCGACAGAAAGCCAAGCUACUCACCAAGGUCACGAAGGAGAGGGAGCACAAGUUGAAGAUGGUUUGGGACCAGAUCAAUCACUGCACACUGAAGCUGCGCCAGUCGACGGGGCUGAUGGAGUACUGCCUAGAGGUGAUCAAGGAGAACGACCCCGCUGGGUUCCUCCAGAUCUCAGAUGCUCUGAUCAAGCGUGUCCAGGUGUCUCAGGAGCAGUGGGUGAAAGGCGCCCUGGAACCGAAAGUGUCUGCAGAGUUUGACCUGACUUUGGACAGUGAGCCGCUGCUGCAAGCCAUCCACCAGCUGGACUUCAUUCAGAUGAAAUGUAGGGUGCCACCCGCCCCCCUGCUGCAGCUGGAGAAGUGCUGCACCCGCAACAACAGCGCCACACUGGCCUGGAGGACGCCGCCUCUCACCCACAGCCCCGCGGACGGCUACAUCCUGGAGCUGGACGACGGCGACGGGGGGCAGUUCCGGGAGGUGUACGUCGGCAAGGAGACCCUGUGCACCAUCGACGGUCUCCAUUUCAACAGCACCUACAACGCCAGGGUCAAGGCUUUCAACUCCUCUGGUGUCGGGCCUUACAGUAAAACUGUGGUCCUGCAGACAUCUGAUGUGGCCUGGUUCACCUUUGACCCCAACUCAGGGCACCGGGAUAUCAUUUUAUCCAAUGACAACCAAACGGCCACCUGCAGCAGUUAUGAUGACCGGGUGGUGCUGGGCACGGCAGCGUUCUCCAAGGGCGUGCACUACUGGGAGCUGCAUGUGGACCGCUAUGACAACCACCCAGACCCCGCCUUCGGGGUGGCCAGAGCCAGCGUGGUCAAGGACAUGAUGCUGGGGAAGGACGACAAGGCCUGGGCCAUGUACGUGGACAACAACCGCAGCUGGUUCAUGCACUGCAACUCCCACACCAACAGGACGGAAGGCGGCGUGUGCAAGGGGGCCACGGUCGGCGUGCUGCUGGACCUGAAUAAACAUACUCUCACCUUCUUCAUCAACGGGCAGCAGCAGGGCCCCACCGCCUUCAGCCACGUGGACGGUGUCUUCAUGCCGGCGCUCAGCCUCAACCGCAACGUGCAGGUCACCCUGCACACAGGACUGGAAGUGCCAACAAACCUGGGGCAGCCGAAGCUGUCAGUCAACUAGCGCCCAGCUCAGCUCUGCACGGCUGCGUCUGGGAGAAGCCCACCACCCCUGACUACGCUCAGUAAGCGUGAGGGCAAGACGACCACGUCACGGUGUGACCCAGGAGCCACUGAGUAUCUUAAAGACAUGUUUUCUUUGGGGGACAGACAAUGGGUCUGCCAGCCAGGCCUGCUGAGGCCACUGUCGGCAGUGAACAUGGAUGUGUGUUUUCCUUUUUUUCCCACCUGGACAGCUCACAUACUCGCGAAGAAAGUCCUUUCUCGAGGAGUGAGAAAGCUUCGGGGUUUGUGGUGUUGUUUCCUGCCAUCUGUUUUCAAAGCUUGUCUUUUGGGGAGGAAGGUGACUCUGUGACUGGCAUCCCAAGAACAGAAGGCAGGAGACUCUUAAAACCCCAUGUCCCGAGGGUCCACCCUUUGCUGGUGUCACUCCUUCAGAGUCCCAAGGUUGCAGGUUCCCAUUUUUGUCAGGAGAAGUUCUCCUUUAGCUCUUUGGUCCUGGAGGCUUCCGUAUGGUCUGCCACUUGCAGACCUAACCCAGGAUCCACAGAAAGGGGCGCUAAUCGUUCAUCUUUGCCUCUUACUGAACUGUUGAGAACCUUUCAAAAUGGUUUCUUCAGGUCAUUCAUCUCUCUCUCUCUCUCUCUCUCUCUCUCUCUCUCUCUCUCUCUCUCUCUCGUCUGCUAAAAUUAAUCCACUCAGUUCUCAGUUCUUAAACACAAAAGAAAGCACUGGAAUUGGAAUUGGAAUGAUUAUGUGACAAGGCCCCACCUGCUGGUGGCUUUUUUUUCUGGAACUAGCUCCCCAAAAGGUCACCUGCAGACCUGUCUGAGUUGUUCUUCUGAGCUGUGCCAUGCUCAGACUCAGAGCCUACAAGACGGGGGACCCUGGGAGUCUCUUAGGGACAGUGCACCUUUGCUUUGAGACCCAGCCUACUGUCAUCAUGAGAGCAUCAUGAAAGCAAGACGGGACCCCGAAGGUGGCGGGACGUCUGAAGGGACAGGAAGUAGAUAGCAAUAUUAUGUUCCUUGUCACCCAGCUUCCCAGCACGAGCCUGGGGUGAGCCCUCCCCUCCUUGCUGGGAACGCUAACCUUCUCCCCUGAGAUCCACAGUGAGUCAUAUCCAUCUCUCAGAAGGACAGCUCGUCCGCAGGUCUGAGCCUGGCGCCGGCUGUGGUCCUGUCCCCAGAGCACCUUUCUCCUCCUGCACCCCCUUCUUCCUUGUUACCUGCCACCUCCAUCUCCAUCUGGUAGCAAAUCUUUCUCUCUCCUUUUUACAAGAAUAUAUUUUAUCAAGCAUUUUAUUUGUGAGGUUGAGGAGUACCUUAUAAAACAGCCCGUAAACCGGCACCAACUGUGUUUACUUGCUUCUAGCUGCUUGUUUAGACACUGCACUUGCUUUCUGAGUGACCCACCAGUGCUGUGCAGGUCCUAUCCUCUAUUCAGCAGAUCCGACAAUCCUACCUCGAAGCCUGGGCCGCAAGGCUGCCUUGUCUGGCUGUGUCCACAGGAGUGGCCAGCUGGGCCAGCUGCCCGGUGGCUUCAGGAGCUGUCUGGUGCUGUGUUUAAGCCUUGCCCACUGAGGUCCUGGCACCCAGGGCCGCCCUGGGCUGCCACAUGUCCUCAUCUGUGCAGCUGCCUCUCUCUUCUCUGUUUCCACGUCCCUUAGUUUCACUCCCUAGCCAACGCUCUGGGUGGACUCAGCUUGGAGGGUGGGGGAGAUUCCUGAAGAUCGGAGGACACAGUGUAACUAUGGCUUUCUGGGGCCGAGGAAGCCAGCAUGGCAGGUCCAGGUGCAUCAGCUUUGGGAAAUACCUUGUCUUUUGGAAAAGAUGAGGCCACAACCCAGGCAGUCACACAGCUACUGGGAAGGCGGGCUACAUAGGGCUGCCUGGCAGAAGAGACUUCUUAUAGUGGGAUCCGGAUGAAAGUUUGGGGAGCUCCCAGAAUCCUCGCAGCCAGGGUCACCAGGCAGGCCUGGCCUGCGCCUUUGGACAGGAGCUGCUUGAGCUCAGCCUGAACUUGGUGUCACCCUCAGGAUCUAGGUCAGAUGGAGAAGUGGAAAAGGGAGAAGGGGAAUUCCCACAAUUUCAGGUGGCCUCUUUAGAGAGAAAAUUACCUGGAGUCAGAGAGAAGCCACCACAACUCCCUGUUGUCUCCCCAUCCCCCCACCAAGCGACAGGCAGUCCUAGGAGGUCCUGUGGGUGCCAGAGUGGGCAUGAUUCUACCUUCUCUGAAGCCUCCAGGAACCCAGAAGCAAUACGGCUGACACCAGGGCCCAUGGCAGGCCGUCCUACAGCCAUCUCUCCUGUCUUCAGCACAAAACACUUUUCAGGGACAAGAAUGGACCUAAGAGAGAAGGCAGGUCCAUCCACACACUUGUGUUUUAAAGGAUCAGUGACACAGAGCAGGAAUGCAUCGGCUCCUUGUGGCCUUAUGUCACCCUCCCAGGAAGCCAUGGGCCGUGGUGUCUCAUCUGCCAUCGAAUUUCCUGUUCCUUUACAACAUGGUGACAUUUUUGUACAUAAGAGUUAUAUCAAGAUGAUGCUUUUGUUGGGCUGACUGAGGAAUAACUUGGUGUUCACCUAUCAAGCAGUUUCAGUGAGAAGGGAAUUCAGUGAUUGGAAAUGUCCGUUUCCACUGCCUUGUAAAUAACGCCUCUGUGACGUGGUUCUGCAGUUUGUUCUUUGCUGGUGAGCAAGUUUGGUCAGUCUGGCUUUCCUUUUAGAAUGAAUCUCUUAAAAGUUUCCAAAAGCAUCUCAUUGCAUAGCCUCCUAGCUCCUAAUUCAAAGCAAGGCGUUCCACACAGCCCUGCUUUCCCCCUUUCUGCCCAGUAUAAUAAUCCCCACUCAAGCAACAUCAGUAAUUGUGUCCCACAAAGGAACGACUGUAUGUAGUUGGAGUCUGACUCCUUAGCCCUGUGUGAGGUUUGUAGUUGUGACAGUGCCCCCCAGCGCCCAUGGCCCACCACAGUGGGGAGGGCUAUGUUUCCAGAGUGAGCCUGGGCCAAAACGGUGCUUACUAGGGCCCUGGGCACAGGCCGUGUGUUCUUGUUCUGCCAUCUACCGCCCAGAACACUCAGGAAAAUGUUAUAAUGCAGGACCUAGGUGUACUUUCUCCAGGUGUAUUUGCAUUUCAGCCUUAAUUUAAUUGCAAGUGAAAGGCUUGGACCCCUGUGAAGGCCUCUUUCAGGCUCCUAGAUGAAACUUCCAUGGCCACCAGCUGGCUGUGAGCUGUUCAGGGUGGGUCAAGUCCUUGGGGGACUCUACGUGUGUUUACAAGGAACGUGGACGACGCCAGGCUUUGUCACCCUCUGCACUGUUGAUAUUUUGGGGUUGGGGAUUCUCUGUGGUGGGGGCUCUCCUGUGCACUGCAGGAUGUUUGGCAGCAUCCCUGGCUGCACCCACUAGAUGCCAGU